AUGGCACAUAGUCCUAAUCAUAUAUCAUACGAUCCAAAGAGCAGUGAUUAAAAGGUCCAUUCUAACACCCAGAAUAACAAAAAAAAUCAUGCUAUGUCAGUAGAUUAAGAUUUGAAUCAGCCUCUCAUCAAUAAAUCUAGCCAAAAUACUCAACAUAAAAAAUCAAAUUUUAAGCAUGAGAGCUUUAAAUAAAGCGCUUCUGUCAAUGAGGUGGACUCAUUCGAUUCUAAUACUUUCGUAAGUGGUCUUGGAGUCUAGAAUAGUGGUAUGCGAGCUGAGGACGCAGACGUUUUCUUGGAUGAUAGUGCAUUUAGUCAAAAAAAUUCAUAGGCUUAUGAAUCAUUGAAGAAGAUUAAGAAAAGCAGACAAGAUUAGAUGAAAAUGAGAGAAGUGAGUGAGAAAGCAUUCCAAUUGAUUGAGACUCGUGAUAAAAUGGGCUUGAUGAGAUUUUUAGAUCAGAAUUAAACUGUUCCAAUCAUUGAUCUAGUAGAUGCAAGGGGUUACACUCUUCUACACAUGAUUUGUUUCAAAAAUAUUGAAGAUUUAAUAUACCCACUUAUGGAAAAGGUGCAAUAGAUAUAUACGUAAACUUAGAUUAAGCUGUGGAUCAACUAUAAAACUGAAGAGGAUGGUUUCACUGCUCUUCAUUUUGGCUCCUUUAGAGGAAAUAUUAACAUUAUUAAGUUACUGUUAGAGAAUGGUGCUGAUAUGCAUAUGAGAAACAAUUUUGGCAUUAAUGUGCUGCAUGUGGCAGCUUAAGGAGAUUAGCCUAUUUCUUUGUAUUACUUCAAAGAAAAAGGAAUAGACAUAACUUCAAAAGAUAAUAGGAACAGCACGCCAAUGCACUGGGCUUGCUAUUCAAGAUCUGAAAUAGCACUUUGCUAUCUAUUAAGCUGGGUAAAAGAUCUUGAUGAAUAGGAUAUUGAGGGUUUCACUCCACUCCAUUUAGCAGUAAAGAGUGUUGAAUAACUAAGAAGCACUAGACCUGUUAGAUCAUUAUUAAUAAGAGGCUCAUCUAGAAAUGCCAGAGAUAAGCAAGGAAGAAAGCCUGUUGAUUUAGUGGAUUAAAUAUCAAUCCCUAGCUUAUAAUAAGAAUUAAGAUCAAUGCUAAAGGAGCCCAAAGGCUGCACUUGCUUUAUGAUUAAAACACCAUUAAAGCUGAUGAGAAAAUCUGCAAGUACUCCAACAUUUUUCCUUGGCUUAAUACUAAUAAACUACAUUCUACUGUUCCUCUUUGUUUUACCAUUAACUACAGCAGCCUUUGUUAUGGCAAUCUUAUUUUUCAUGCUAAGUCAGGGUGUAGAUCCAGGCUACCUUCGGAAACCAUAAAAUAUAACAUUCCUGAGUAUGCUAUAAACCUUUGAUCCAGUAUUAUUGUGUCCAGACUGCGAAGUAAUCAGGACUACAAGGUCUAGACAUUGCUCAAUUUGUAAUAGAUGCGUUGAAAGAUUUGACCAUCAUUGCCCUUGGGUCAAUAACUGUGUUGGUAUUAAGAAUCAUCACUUUUUCAUGAUGUUUUUGGUGUCAAUAACCUUAGUUUUGCUCUCAGUUUUAGUCACAGUUUCUGUUACUCUGAACGAGUUUAAUGAAGAACUUAUUUCAGAAAACUUCUUAAUUCUACUUCCAAGAGAUACCUACAAUAAAAACUUAUUCUACUUUGGAGCAAUCAUAAAUUUAAUAACCAGUGCAUUUUUCCUUUUGCCAGUGAUGCUGCUAACAUUGAUAUAAUUGAGAAAUUUCUGCGUAAAUAAGACUACUAAUGAGAGAUUUGCAAGAAGAGUAAGCACUUCUUAAAGUGAGUCUGCUUCAAGAACAUCAUCUAUGGCAUCAUCGGUAAAUAAUACCACCCUAGAUGACUCUAUGAUAUCUUAGCAAUUAAGUCGAGGGGGUCCGUGUGGAUUUUUAUCCAACUGCUCCCAAAUGUGCUUUAAUCACUAAAUGGUAGACUAAAGCAAACUAUUCAAUGAACAAAUGCAAAUUGUGAACCCACAAUAUUCUAGUUAGCAUAAGGUAAUUAAUGAUAGUAUUGAAGAAGAUUUGACUCAAAGCUAUGAUUAAAAGCAAGCUAUAAACUAUUCAAAAUCCUCUGAUGAAUCUACUUCAAGAUCAAGGCUUUGA